AAUGUAACUUUAGCGGGUACACAUGUCAACGGUAUUACUGUUGUGUACGUAUUUGUAUGUGGCUGAAACAAAUGCACUACAUUGGAGUACCUUUAUUUAAAGUUCAAACGGAUCCGUCGGGAGGUCAACGGUAUUGUACAUACAGAUAUGUACUGUUACUAUUACUGUUUUAGUCUGUUACUGGUGUAUUCAACUGUAUUGUACAUAUCAACGAUUGAAAGUCGCUUCCUUAGUGGAUUUCAUUGGUGGCUUGAUUUCAAGGUGGAACCCGCGAACGGGCAGUCGUCAUCUUUCUAUCCGGGGAAAUCUAACAUAACUUUAUUCCUAGUUUCAACUUUCUUUCCUGCCCCCCAAACGAAAAAUGUCAACUUGUCCACCAUUCGCACCGAUACCUAUUCCUCCCAGAUGUAUUCACAUUGACCAUACCAGGUAUUCAUUACUCGUUGAUAAGUAUCAAAUUAUAUACCCUACACCAACGAGUCCAACGAGCUAGACACCACGAGCUAGAAUGCCAGCGACGUCAUAUUGGUGCGCGAAGGCAGUCAUUCGUUCUCCAUCAUAAGAAGUUUCAAUGGGAUCCUCCGAUUGCUCAGAUGACCUGUGUAUGGCGCCUGGUCUAUCCACGCCCUCGGUAGUCUCAACAACCUUAUCCUUGUCACCCUUCAUCAUCACCUUCGUUGUCGUCUCUCUUCUGGUUUCCCGGAAACUCUUUCCUCACUUAUCCUACGUUCAAAGUUCUCGCGAUGGUGAAGACCACUUCCUACCUUCCGAUGCGCCUCCAUCACUCCAACAAGCCCAUGCCGAGCAUGGCUCCAAAUCUAUACGAAGACGAUUAGCAGCCGCUGCUUUCUCCACCACCAUCGGCCUGGCUGCUGUUCUGGCUGAACUGAUAUUAUGCGAGAUAUCCGAGUUAGUCAGCCCUCACGCUCGUGCGGUAGCUCUGCGUAUUACUGUUCCCACACUUCUGUUCCUUCUCAUCCUCCUCAUCCCUUUCCUCGAGCUACAAUCCUUAAUUACUAGCUCCGGCUGGUCUUUUCAACGUACUUCCAAGGGUCGUGUACCCAGAGCUGCCUGGCUGCUUCAAUUUGCGCUGUUUGGCAUUUGGCUAUUUGUCUUUUGGUCGCUUGGGAACUUUGUCCCAGUAGGAAGCGAAGCCGUCCUCUCCAGCACUCAACUGCAUAAUGUUCGAACCGAAUCCGAAUCCUCGGGUAGCUUAGCGCGUGCCUGUUUAGAGCGCAUCGGAGUCAUUGGUAUUUCCCUUAUGGCCUUGUUAUCCGGUUUCGCCUCAGUCUCAUCGCCGUGGCAUACAUUCGGCAGUCGUACAUCACGACGUGCCGUGACAGACGUAGAUAUAUCCCGUAAACAGGCCGGUCUUGACGCGACAAACGAGAUGCUUAUAACAAAAAGACAUCAUCUUCAGAGUCUACAGCGAAAGGUUUCCGAAGCCUCUUCGGCCGAAAAACGUGGUUUUGUUACCAAGGUUAUUGGCUCUAUCCGUGGCGGGGGCGAUGAAGCAGAAAUUCGAACACUACGUCUCGAAAUUGCUGGCUUGGAAGCUAUGGAAGCUAAUCUAUCCUCAACUCUUUCUAUGCUUCGCUCGAGGCAAGCCGAUUCAGCCCGCGCUGCGACGUUUUCAGGGAAGCUUCUCCUGAUACCCACCUACGUAUUCAGCGUAUACUGUGUUUAUCGAAUUGUAGCGACUACUUUAACUACUUUGCGACGUCUUUACUACCCCGCUGCCUCGUUUUCUUCUUCGGACCCUAUCAAUCGAUUCCUUGGCCUUUUGGCUAAGCACUGGGAUCCAAAACUGGACCAGAUUGCUUGGGCUAGGCAAAUCUCGUUCCUGCUUUCCGGUGUCAUACUUGCUGCCAGCGCGAAUAGUGCGCUUCAAACUUUCCAUCUCUUCGCUAAGUGGACACCUGGACUCUUACACCACGCACAAGCCAAUAUAGCCCUACUCAUCGGACAGAUAAGCGCUAUUUACGUGAUAUCUGCCGCGUUGCUCUUACGAAGUAAUCUACCCAAGGAAGUUGGCAGCGCUGUUGGCGACGCACUUGAGAGUGCCCUAGAACCGGGCUUCGUAGACAGAUGGUUCGAGGGCUGGUUCCUCCUGGCAAGCGUAGUUACGGCUGGUGGUAUAUGGUUGGGUGGAAAGAUCGGCGAAUGGAGCGAGGAAUGGGACGAUAUCGGGAUGGAAGAAAUGGGACAGAAACGAUCGUAAUGAAAUAAUACACACCAUGACCAAAAUCAUGAAACGAGUUCUUAAUGUCAUCACGCAACAACACGCUAAAACAUCAACCUCGUCUACCAUUUAUGAUUUUAUAACCAACGAAAGCAGUAGCAUUAUUGGCGCGCAAAGAAAUAUCAAUUCCUCACCAGGGGGAACGACUACUUACUAGGUAAGUUACCUAAGCAUUUGACUUACUCGAACCCGGACAUCUAUCUACCUGUGCCUAC